GACGCUCAUUUCACAGCUUUACUUCCGGCGCUGUGAUUGCAAAGUGAACAGCAGCGAUCAUGAAAACAUCAUCUGACAGGAGACUGAAAUCCCCGAAGACGUCCAGGAAAACCGGCUGGACACGCAAACGGAACACCAAGGCGUAUUCUGCCUACAUAUACAAAAUUGAGAAGGAGCUGUCUUCUGACUCGAGUGACGCCGUCUCUUUGAUGCGGCACCUGUCCGGUGCGCAUGCGCAGGUGGGCGCCGAGGCCGCUCGUCUCUCCAAGUUUAACCGGCGGCGCGUCAUCACGCAGCGAGAGCUCCACACCGCCGCCGUGCGCGCCCUCCGGGACAAAAGCUCCUGACAGCUGGACACUUAAAUUAAAUGCUGCACUUUUAAACUUGUAAAUAAUGAAUAAAGAGGUUUUGUUUUUU